AUGGGUAACUAUGCUAGGCGCGGGUGGGCAUUGAAUGAAAUUUGGGCAACAAAGCUAGUUCCAUUCGGCGAAGCUCAGGUUAUGUGGCUUACGCACGGUCACCUGUAUUACCCCACAAGAUACUCUGCGACAUUUAGACUGGCUGAUCCUACACAGAAUAUCCAGCCGUUUGACAUUGUCUUAGUCGUUCUACCACCCAGAAGCAUGGCAGACGAGUUAACUUAUCUUGUUGAAUCUGCCAGAGGAUUAAGGUUUGCUGAUAGGAUGACUGGCCUGUCUGAGUCAGACUCCCAUGGCCCGAAAACAAGUCAUAUAGCUCUCUUGAAGGAAGCUCGCACGCUGAUACAAUCUGCCGAAGCCACUACCUCGGCUGCGCAACAAUUCGUGUCCUUGGCUGAAAGCAAACAUGCACAGAGAGACGAGGACAUUGCGCGACUAAGCUGCCUGAAAAGAAAAGCCAACGCUCUUGCAAGCAUUGCAGAGAGUUUCAGCGAUGCAGUGGAACGCUAUAUUGUAGGCUAUUUGACCUCGCUUGCGGGUCUGGGGACAGUGGAGUAG